AUGUCUUCAUCGGAGUCAGAUGCCUCCGACAGCAGUGUCAGCGAAGAUGACGAUGGAAAACUAUAUCAAUUGAUUUUUGACCUGAUCGCGACAGAUGACAAGGAGGAAAAAGAGGAGGUUCAAAUCCCAUCCAGCUCUGGACACACACUUGUGCAUCUGGAAUUUGCUGCUGAAGGAAGGGUGCUACCACAUGCAGUUGCUAAUAAUGAUACAAAGGGACUAGGCAUGGAUGCGUUGGACAAUAUCCAAGAAAUCCCAAAACUGAAGGGGAAAGCCGAGUUUUCAGAGGAAAAGCCCUGGAGGUCAGCUGGUGCUCACGUCUCAGAUUACUUUAACUAUGGUUUUGAUGAAGAAAGCUGGAACACAUACUGCAAGAAACAUGUGGAAGUCGGUGCAGCUGCUAGAAAACUAAGCGCUAAAAGCCAGGCUGAAGUGAAAUUUCAUAGAAGACUGCCAAGUGAUACCAAAGAUGUGAUUAGAGAACGACCUGGAUCCAGCCGCAGAGUGAAAGGACGCAAUUCUCAGAUGGCUCCUGAGACGUCCACCAAGGCAGAUAGAUUUACUUCUUAUCCAUACAACUUCACCUCCCUCUUUGCAUAUAUCAGUCCACCACCUUAUCUUUACCGAUCAGGACCCCCUCCUCGCUCCUCUUUUGCUACUUUGUACAGUAGGUACUCUAAAUGCUUUGAUGACCCCUCAACUUCACGGCACCCAUGUUCUUCAGGUGUAUCAUCCUUAAUCCCAAGAAAGAUGGCCUACAACGCUGGAGUGAUUGACAGUGCCAAGUCCUGGCAACGCUACAUGCGGCAGGAAGAGUAUGACAAGGACAGAGACAGAUCCAGGGAGCAUGGCCACGAUAAAGGCAGUAGCAGAGGCAGAGAUAGAGAGAGGGAGAGAUGUUCCUCUUCACACAGCGGGGAAGAGCGAAUGAGGCACAGGGACAAUGCAGAGCGAAGGCACAAACGCCACAUUUCUGACAGCUUCAGUGAGAAGCUCCAAGAGAGGAGUCACAGCGAAGGAUUGAAAAAAUCAUCACGCAGCAGCAGCAGCAGCAGCAGCAGCAGCAGCAGCCGCCGCCGCAAGAGUAGGCGGGACGGUGGUGAGGACAGAGACAGUCAGAGUAGAGACAAAAGCAAAAAGGACAAGAAAUAG